UCGGUCUCGCAACUCGUCACUAAUGGAAACGGGAGGGUUAACUGACGUGGACGGGGAGGGGCGGGAAUAACCGCCAGAGUGAAGAUGAUGGAGGAAGGCGAGGAUAGUUGUUGGGGGGUUGAGUGGCUGGGUUGAGAUUGAGUGUCAGCUUUGACUCCACAUGCAGGAUGUCAAGGGGCAGGUUCAUCAUUACCUUCAUUAAGGGGAAAGGCAGAAGAGGCAAGGAUGGGGAAGCCCGCGAGGAAAGGAAGCAGGACUCGUGUAACGUUGGAGAAGAACUUGAAAGAGCUGAGACUUCCACCUCGAGCAGAGCAAUAAUCUUCAGUGGAUCAGGUCAUGGAUACCACAAAGAAGAUAGUCCUUUCCUUAACAACACUGACACUUCGAAGAGAAAUGAAUAUUAUGACAGAAAUUUGGCCUUAUUUGAGGAGGAAUUGGACAUUCGACCGAAGGUAUCUUCACUGCUCAGCAGAUUGGCUAAUUACACAAACAUUACUCAGGGAGCAAAGGAACAUGAAGAAGCAGAAAGUGCAGAUAUUUCCAAGAAAAAACCGCCAAAGUCUCCCAGUAUGGGAACUCUCAUGGGAGUGUACUUACCCUGUCUGCAGAAUAUCUUUGGAGUUAUUCUAUUUUUGCGUUUGACAUGGCUCGUCGGAAUUGGAGGUGUCUUGCAAUCUUUUUGUAUUGUGCUCAUGUGUUGCUGCUGCACGAUGUUAACAGCCAUAUCGAUGAGUGCCAUAGCAACAAAUGGAGUUGUACCAGCUGGGGGCUCUUACUUCAUGAUUUCCCGGUCACUCGGCCCUGAGUUUGGUGGAGCUGUGGGUCUGUGUUUCUACCUUGGAACAACUUUUGCAGGAGCCAUGUACAUACUUGGUGCCAUAGAAAUUCUGCUGGCCUACAUUGCGCCCAAAGCAGCUAUAUUUAAGCCUGUUGAACUGCAUGAAGAAUCCACUGCUAUGCUUAAUAACAUGAGAAUCUAUGGGACAGUUUUCCUCAUUUUCAUGUGCCUGGUCGUUUUCAUUGGCGUUAAAUAUGUUAAUAAAUUUGCAUCUUUAUUUUUGGCCUGCGUGAUCAUAUCCAUCCUGUCCAUUUAUGUGGGUGUCAUUAAGUCAGCUGUUCAUCCUCCAGAAUUUAAAAUUUGCAUGUUGGGAAAUCGAACUCUCUCCAGAAAUCUGUUUGAUGUUUGUGCCAAAACGACAGUAGAAAACAACACUGUAGUGACCACCAAACUGUGGGAUAUAUUCUGCACUAAAAAUGUGACCGAUAGUUGUGAUGAAUAUUUUGUUCGAAAUAACGUCACAGAAGUCCAAGGAAUUCCUGGAGUGGCUAGUGGCAUAAUAAAAGGAAAUCUCUGGAGCAACUACAUGGACAAAGGAGAUGUGCUCGAAAAGCAUUCUUUGCACUCUGUUGAGGCUGCUGGAUCUAGGAAAAAUCUGGCAGUGUAUGUUUUUGCAGACAUCACCACUACCUUCACCAUGUUAGUAGGGAUCUUCUUUCCUUCAGUAACUGGGAUCAUGGCAGGUUCCAAUAGAUCGGGAGACCUGAAGGAUGCACAGAAGUCUAUUCCUGUUGGCACUAUCAUGGCCAUUGCUACAACUUCAUUGAUUUACUUGAGCAGUGUGGUAUUAUUCGGAGCUUGCAUUGAAGAUGUUGUGCUUCGAGACAAGUAUGGUGAUGCAGUGAGGAAAAAUCUGGUGGUCGGAACGCUAGCAUGGCCUUCCCCCUGGGUUAUCGUAAUCGGAUCCUUUUUCUCAACCUGCGGAGCUGGUUUGCAGAGUUUAACUGGGGCUCCACGGUUGUUGCAAGCAAUAGCUAAAGACAACAUCAUCCCUUUCUUAAGGGUAUUUGGCAAUGGGAAGGUUAAUGGCGAGCCAACUUGGGCCCUACUUUUAACAGCCAUCAUCGCUGAACUUGGAAUUCUGAUUGCUUCCCUUGACAUGGUGGCUCCCAUUCUUUCAAUGUUUUUCUUAAUGUGCUACUUGUUUGUUAAUCUGGCUUGUGCAGUACAGACGCUUCUACGAACCCCUAAUUGGCGGCCCAGGUUUAAAUAUUACCACUGGGCUUUGUCUUUUUUGGGAAUGAGCAUGUGCCUUGCAUUGAUGUUCAUUUCUUCAUGGUACUAUGCUCUUGUGGCCAUGGUUAUUGCAGGAAUGAUUUACAAGUACAUUGAAUACCAAGGUGCUGAGAAAGAGUGGGGCGAUGGGAUUCGUGGUCUGUCCCUCAGUGCAGCUCGUUAUGCUUUACUGAGAUUGGAAGAAGGUCCUCCUCACACGAAGAACUGGCGGCCUCAGUUAUUAGUCAUGUUGAAACUUGAUGAGGAUCUUCAUGUGAAGCAUCCCAGACUCCUGACAUUUGCUUCCCAGUUAAAAGCCGGCAAAGGUCUUACAAUUGUUGGUACCAUCAUUCAAGGGAAUUUUUUGGAAAAUUAUGGAGAAGCACAGGCUGCUGAACAGACAAUCAAAAACAUGAUGGCAAUUGAAAAGGUCAAAGGAUUUUGCCAGAUCGUGGUUUCUUCCAAGGUUCGAGAUGGCAUUGCUCAUUUAAUCCAGUCGUGUGGACUUGGAGGAAUGAAGCAUAAUACAGUGGUCAUGGGUUGGCCUUACGGCUGGAGGCAGAGUGAAGAUCCCAGGGCUUGGAAAACUUUCAUAGAUACUGUAAGAGUCUCGACAGCUGGGCACCUUGCUCUCUUGGUGCCAAAGAAUGUUUCCUUCUACCCAAGCAACCAUGAGCGCUUCACCGAAGGCAACAUUGACGUUUGGUGGAUCGUGCACGAUGGAGGCAUGUUGAUGCUGCUUCCAUUUCUUCUCCGACAACACAAGGUCUGGAAGAAAUGCAAGAUGCGCAUUUUCACAGUGGCCCAAAUGGAUGACAACAGUAUUCAAAUGAAGAAGGAUCUUGCAACCUUUCUUUAUCACCUACGCAUUGAAGCAGAAGUUGAAGUGGUUGAAAUGCAUGGCAGUGAUAUUUCAGCUUAUACCUAUGAGAGGACACUCAUGAUGGAACAACGUUCACAGAUGUUAAGGCAGAUGAGGUUGUCCAAGACCGAGAGGGAAAGAGAGGCUCAGUUAAUAAAAGAUAGAAAUUCAUUAAUCCAUCCAGUCAAUGUGUACAUGGAUGAGGAGGAAGAGUUGCACAUUUACCCAGAGAAGAUACAGAUGACGUGGACAAAAGAAAAAUGUGAAUCUGAAAGAAGCCGCAGUGGUGCAAACACCCCAAACAGUUUCAGAGAAUUAAUCAGUAUUAAGCCAGACCAAUCCAAUGUAAGGAGAAUGCACACGGCAGUGAAGCUGAAUGAAGUCAUCGUAAAUAGGUCCCACGAUUCCAGACUAGUUUUGCUAAACAUGCCUGGACCACCAAAAAAUCAAGAUGGAGAUGAAAACUAUAUGGAAUUUCUUGAGGUCCUUACAGAAGGGCUGGAGAGAGUACUGCUGGUCCGAGGCGGUGGCUGUGAAGUCAUCACGAUUUACUCCUGAACAUGACUACUUUCCAAAGACCUAUGUGAUGAAAACGUGACCACAGAAAGCAUUCCAAAAACUUGUGUAUUCUGAUCCACAUUUGUCAAACAAUGUAUCCCGUGGGUCAUAUUCCAAGCCCAGAGUUUGUAAUAUGAAGCUUUUUUUUUUAAAUAAUGUCCAAUAUCAGAGUCUAGAGCUCCUAAGUGCAAUUUGAAUAUACAACGCUACAGUGAAGUGGAUGAUUGUAUAUGUGAAAGGAGAACUUUUAGUAAAGAGUACACAAUACCCUUUACCUCUCCAAACAUAAGUUUGGAACUUGGCUUUGAAUAGAUGUCUGGUGUGUCAGUGUUGAGCUUUGCACUGCUUUUAUUUUUCAGCUAAGAAUAUGUUUCUAUAAAUGAGCAGCAGUAGUAGUGUGACUGUCAGGCAGCCCUUUAUACACUGAACUUUCUACACAGUGAUACAGCUGGUGGUCGCUCCAACACUACAUCCCCUCUAUUACAUAACAUGGAUUUCAAAAUAUUUCAACUAGUUUCGAUGUUUAGUCAUGAAUGGCUUUUAAGUCUUUUUCAUGGUAGAUGCUAAUUAUGAAAUAGUGGGAUCCAAACUAUCCAGCUGUAUCGUGCCAAGGUUUGGGAUGCUAUAUCGGGCAAAGACAAACUUAUUUAUUUAGUAUUUAUUAUUUUUCAGUGCUGUCUUUUCCUGCAGAAUAGAGUGAGAAUAAUUCGGACCAUCAGUUGGUGGACUGUAUUCUGAUGUAUGUAUACUGCUCCCACGUGUACAGAGGCUGAGGCCGCUAUGACCAGCGAUGGUGAGCUUGCACAAGAGAGGAGCUGCUAAAUGUUCAGUUUAAAACUUUUUACAAAAUACUUGUCAGCUGUAAAAUUAUUCUAGUAUUUGGAGCUGUUUUGUCACCAUGAUGUGUUUGUCGUAUUAAAAGUAAAUAGUCAUCAGAAAUGAUAUUUUUCUCAAUAAAGAACUAUAUAAAACAAA